AUGUCAUCUUUGCCCUCACUGAAAAGGUCAAAGCUUUUUGUUAAAAUACUAACAAAUGCAUGUUCUUCUAAGCUAAUGAAAGACCAAGGUGGUGUGAUGAUUUUGAUUCAAGAUGCUAUGGUGAUUCUAGUUCAAGGUGGUGUGAUGAUUUUGAUUCAAGAUGCUAUGGUGAUUCUAGUUCAAGGUGGUACGAUGGUUGAUGUUAUUAAGAUGGUAAGGAUGAAUAAAGUGGGAGUUGUGAUUGAGACAAUUAGGAUGCAACAAAUUUAUAUGUAA